AUGGCGGCGUCUACUACUAAUGUUGUCCGGAAUCCGAAAACUCUGUUCCUCAUCUGGUCACUCUGCAUCAUCUUCUUCUUCUCUCUUCUCCAAAUGGCUAUCAAGAAUUCUGCUACUGCUUCCACUUCUUCAGAUUCUCAUAUUGCAUAUAAGGAGCAAAGGUCAAGGCUGUAUGAUAAAAUGGCAAGGGAUCUGGAUGAGAAAGGAGCAGCCUUUCUUAAACAUGGAGAAACGUCUCAGUCAUUAUCCCUCUCGGAUAUUUUUACCCUGAAAGAAGAUGGAUCAGUUACACCUGUACUUAAGGCAGCCGACCCUCCAGUUAGAGCUAAUGUGUUGUAUCUAAGUCCAGAGCAUUCAUUGCCCAUCUCGGAUGCUGUAAAACAUGUAUUUGCUCCAUAUUUUAAUAAAGCGAUUUGGUUUCAGAACUCUACGGUGUACCAUUUUAGCAUGGUUCAUGCUUCUCAUCACAUUACACCAGUUCCUGCCACUGAAUCCCAGAUUGAAGCUGAAGCAGCUGCUGUUAAAACUGCUGCCGAGAGCUUUUGCCCUUUGAAAAUUGUCUUGGAUAGAGUGGUUUUGACUUCCACCGGUGUGCUUCUGGGAUGCUGGCAGGUAAGUGAUGGAACAGAUCCUGUAACUAUCCGUGCUAAAUUGAGGAGCGUGCUUCCACAUGCCCCGGAACAGCAACUUUAUGACACUGCUAUUCUUCAUACGUCAUUUGCAAGACUCCUUGGCAACCCUACUAUUCCAAACGAGAACAUAGAGAAGAUUCCAGAUGAUGCAAUGCAGCUUUUCCACGAGCUAGUUGCGAAACUGAACAACAAACUCCACGGGUCCCAGGCAGUGGUGUCGGAGCUGUGGUAUGUGGAAGAAUAUGAUGUAUUGGCUCUUGCACUGGAUGGAAGGAUGAAGGUAAGGAGGUUCCAGCUUGGCUGCAAGUCAACUUGA